CGAAUAUUCUCAAGUUAAACAAGAUUUAGAUGAUUAUGAAAACACCACAAGUAUUUGUAUGGAGAAUGAAAUUUGUCUACAGCAAUUUCUGAAAUCAGAGGUUACUGUUGAUGAGGAUAUAAAGCAAGAGAGGAUCGAUGAGCAAGAUUUUCAAGUGAAACAAGAAUUUGAUGGUUAUGAAUGCACAUCACAUAUGAGUAUGGAGAAUGAUGAAACUUGUCUACAGCAAUUUCUAAAAUCUGAGGUUACGAUCGAUGAGGAAAUGAAGCAAGAAAAAAUCGAUGGGCAUGAUGCUGCAACUAAUACAAGUUUAGAUGAAAAACCUUACUUAUUUACUGAAGAAAUCAGUAAUUUAAGUAAUUUUAGCAAUAAUCAUCAAACAAAAGCAUUAUUAAAUGAACAUAAAGCUAUUAUUUUUACUAAAAAACGACCUUACAAAUGUAAAGUAUGCAAUAAAACAUUCACAUUUAGUGGAAAUUUAAGCGAACAUAAAAAAAUCCACUCUGGAGAACGUCCUUACAGUUGUGAAAUAUGUCAUAAAACAUUUGCAACAAAACGAACUUUAAAACAACAUGAAGUUGUUCACACUGAGGAACAACCUUAUGAAUGUGAAAUAUGCGAAAAAACAUUUGCAAGAAAGAGAUCAUUAUACAUACAUAAAAAGAUUCAUACUGGAAAACAUCAAUCAUCAAAGGAUACUGAAGGACCUUUUAGUUGUGAAAUAUGUCAUAAAGCAUUCAAAAGAAAGCAGAAUUUAGAACAACAUAAAACAAUUCAUAGUGGAGAAAGUCCUCAUGAGUGUAAUAUAUGCAAUAAAUCAUUCACAGCAAAAGCUUCAUUAAGACGACAUGAAAUUAGUCACACCGGAGUGCGUCCUUAUAGUUGUGAAAUAUGCAAUAAAACAUUCACAGCGAGAGAAUCAUUAAGUAGACAUCAAAUGAUUCACACUGGGGAACGUCCUUAUAGUUGUGGAAUUUGCAAUAGAGCAUUUCCAAUACUAGAUGCAUUAAGAAAACAUGUAAAAGGAGUACAUUGUGGAAUACGUCUUGUAAGAAAACGUUUAAAAAAAGUUUUGUAUGUGCCGGAAACUAUCCAACCUUAA